CCAUUGGCUUUCCCAGCCCCCAAAACACCGGAAAAAAAGCUAUCGCCUCUUGUUUUCUCCACCCUUUUUGCUAUUUCAUUUACUCAUCUGUGUCUAUAUAUAAAACAUACACAGCCACCUCUCAGAACAUCAUCAAAACCACAAAUUCUUGAAAACCCAUUUCAUCUCAUAACUGAAAACCCCUCCUUUUCCUAGUUGGAAUUGCAAAUACUCAGAAGACCAGAGCCAAAAAGAGAAGAAACGGAUUUUUUUUGAAGAAGAAGAAAGAAGAGAGAGAUGAGUUCAGCAAGCAGAGCAUGGGUUGUAGCAGGAAGCAUUGGGCUAGUGGAGGCACUGAAAGAUCAGGGUUUCUGCAGAUGGAACUACACCAUGAGGUCCAUAAACCAAUAUGCUAAGUCCAAUCUCAGGUCCUUCCCUCAAACUAAGAAGCUCUCCCCAUCAUCAUCAUCAUCAUCAUCUUCAGCUAUUGUAUUAAGGAAAAUAAGAGAAGAGCAGGCACAGCAGUCUGAGGAGUCUCUGAAGAAAGUCAUGUUCUUGAGCUGUUGGGGUCCCAAUUGACACCAAUGGAAGUUAAAAGUCUGACAAAUCAAUUUUGCAAUUGCAACAAUGUUUCUACAAGGAUGGGUUAAUUUAUGUCAAAAUUGAUUAGCCAGAGGACUAGAAUUGUAAUUAUUAUGAAUUUAAUGUAGAUUGUUUUGGACUUGGAAAGAUAUUUUGCUAGAGAAAUGAAAGAUUAAAAGUUGAC